UCACUGGACAAGGAAAUGCCAUCUCGUAUUUGUCAGGCGCAGGCACUGUGAAGUUGCUUGUUCCUCUCAACGCAACGAGAAAGAGGAAAAUAGACACAAAGAGCUCGACGACGCAAGAAGUCAUCAAGGACUUCGUGACAGACGAUGAAACUCGGAGGAGACAACGCUAUUCAUCAUCUCUGCUGGCUGUUCUCGCUUCUGUCAAUUACGGGCGCUCAAGCUCAAGUCGGGAUCAACUAUGGGAGAGUGGCCAACAAUCUCCCCUCGCCAUCCACCGCCGUGUCGCUCAUUAAGUCGCUGGGAAUCGACCGCGUCAAGAUCUUCGAUGCCGACUCUCAAGUUCUCGCAGCUCUGGCCAACACCAGCAUCAAAGUCUCGAUAAUGGUGAGGAACCAAGACAUCCCCGGCAUCGCCUCCAACGCUAGCCACGCCGAUUCAUGGGUCGCUCAGAACGUAGUCCACCACUACCCGGCCACGCACAUCGCCACCAUUCUCGUCGGCAACGAGAUCCUGUCCGACACGAGCAUCAAGUCGAGCACCUGGCCAGCGCUCGUCCCGGCAAUGGAGAACAUUUUCGCGUCCCUCCAGGCCAGGAAUCUAACGGCCAAAAUCAAGGUCAGCACGCCGCUCGCGUCCGACGCUCUCUCCACAUCCUACCCUCCAUCUGCUGGCGCAUUCCAUUCCGAAAUCGCGACCAGCGUCAUCCAGCCGUUGCUCGCAUUCCUGGCCAAAACCGGCUCAUCGUACCACGCCAACGUUUAUCCGUACUUCGCCUACGCCGGGAACUCUGGCCAAAUCUCGCUUGAGUACGCCCUGUUUGGGUCAGGGUCUACGGUCGUACAGGACGGCAGUCUGGGCUACCGGGAUCUGCUGGAUGCCAUGGUGGAUUCCACGUUUGCCGCCAUGGAGAGGUUAGGAUAUGGGGAUAUUCCGCUGGUGAUCAGCGAGACAGGGUGGCCGUCAGCCGGAGAUUCCGGCCAGGUGGGCGCCAGUGUUGACAAUGCGCAGCUCUACAACGCAAGGCUUGCAAAGAAGGUGGCGAGCUCGCAAGGGACGCCCAAGAGGCCUGGAGUUUCGAUUCCCACGUACAUCUUUGCCCUCUUUAACGAGAAUGAGAAGUCCGGGGCGGGCACAGAGAGGAAUUUUGGGAUCUUUUACCCUAGUGGGUCGCGAGUGUAUGAUCUGAACCUCUCGGGCAAGAGCUAGUCCCCACAAAGUUUUCAAGCAUUAUAAAACUAUAGAAGCUUAGAUCA